CAUAACUUAACAUUGCAACCCUGCAAUUAUGUUGUUAUUGUAAUUGCAAAAAAACAGCUGACCAAAAAAAUUUAUCAGAUAACAAAAACAACUGCCCGUGUUAUUUACAUAUUUGUUGGGAAGAAAAGAUAAAAUUUAACAAAAUUAUAUUCGAACAAAAAUUAUUUGCUAAAAAAUGGAUGAAGUUGAUAAAAUUAUAAUACAUUCCCUUAAACAAAUCGGCUGCACAGUAGAAAUGGAUGAUGAUAGUGAAGUAUUCGGACUACAGCAUUUCACGCCGGAUCUCUUAGUAAAAGCAGUCUCGAAAUGUUUGAAAGAAAUCAAAACAGAUGCAGUGCUACCAAAAACUCUACCCGAAAAUAUGGCGCAACGUUUUACGGUGGCCACAAGUUUAGCCGAAAUGUGCAGCAGCUGUGGCUAUCGUGGUGAUAUUGGCUAUCAGACAUUUCUCUACCCCAAUGUAGUGGAUAUACGACGUUUGUUUAUGUUUCUUAUUGAACAGCUGCCCAAAGAACAGUUAGGCGGUCUAGAUGAGGGUCAGCCUGAAAAUAAAGAUGAUUUUGAUUUACUUAUGAGGGAGGUGCGAAAGAAAAUAAGGCAACAACUUAAAGCACCUUGGGUUCCGCAGUAUUGUCGUGGUAUAGCCAAUAGAAAGUUAUUGGGCUGCAGUGGUCUUAGUGUAGAAUUUCUUCCGCAGAUAAAUUUAAACAUUCCCGAAAUGGCGAGUGCAACUCAAACAAAAGAUGAGCAUACUAUAGUUACUUAUCAAAUACCCAAUAUAUUCCAACAAACUUCCAUGGGGGAUUACGAUUUGGUGAGUUCAGUAUUACAUAAAAAUGCUAUAGAUGUCUAUGCGCCAGCCUUACAAUCUCUAGAGGAUGUACGUUUGUCGCUAACGCGACCUAUGCCAGUCAUCAUACCCUCUCCCGUGAAAACUGUAGUCAAAUCCAAUGAAACUCCAGAAGAAAAAGCAAAAGAAAUGGAAAUCUCUAUAAAAAGUCCUCUAGAAAAGCUAAAUGAAGAAGUUGAAUCCCUUAAACUACAAAACGAUCAAAUAGUUAGAGAACGUCUAAUGGCCAAUGUGAAGUUACAACAAAUACGACAACAACGUUCAGAAAUCGAAAAAGAAAUGGAGGUUUUGAAAAAGCAAACUAAAAUACAUGAACGCACCUCAGUUAUUCUGGAAAAUCCAAAGGAAAACCUUGAUAAACUAGAAAAUUUAAUAGAGAAAACUAGAGAACGACGCCUGACAAUGGAAAAUCAAUGGCAAUUGCAUAGAAAUCCUGCACUCCAACAAAUAGACGAGUUGCAAAAACUAAGACAAACGAAAAAUCUUCAAAGUAUACACGAGCUAAGAAACACAAUACAACAACUGGAAACAGCGCUUGUGGAAAAAACUCAUACCCAUGCAGUAUUAGCGGAGGAAUUAAAAAAAGCCACCAGUGGUGUUGCCUCCCGUAGGGAAUACACCAGACGUAUUUAUGAAUUUAUAGGUAAUAUACGCAAACAACGCAAUGACAUCUACAAGAUUCUAGACGAUACUAAAGAUCUACAAAAACAACUAAAUUCCGUUUCCGCCCAACUGCAACGACAAUUCAACUAUACCGAUGAUUUACUAUUCCAAAGUGCCAAACAUGAUUUACACGCUAAACAAGCCUACAAACUACUAGCCUCUCUUCAUGCGUCAUGCAAUGAGAUCUGUGAUUUAGUAUCACGCACCGGUCAAAUGACUAAAGAUUCUCGCGAUCUAGAAGUACAAAUCGAUCGUGAACGUAUGCGCAAUGUGGCGGCUAGUUUGGAAAAGAUUACUUUAGAUAUACAAAAAUUUGAAAUGAUUAUAAAAACUAUGAAAUUGGAUAUAACUCAAGUGGAGAAUGAAAUAUACUCAGGUUAGAAAGAGAUGCAAAACAAUGGAUUUAUAAAAAACAA